CGAAUCAUAAGUAUCUCGUCAAAAAGACUAGCUAGGAUAACAACGACAAAAAAAGAUAAAGAAUAAGAUGGUUGAGAUUCAUGGGAGGUUCAAGAGAACUGAGACGGCUUUCAACUUGUCGGCGGCGCGUCAACGUCCGCCGUAUUAUGACAGCAGUGGAAGUAAUCACUCACCGGAGGAAACAGGGGAUCUUUCGGAUUUGGUUGCCUCUUUUAUCGAAAUGGAAGGAGAAAAAAAGAAUCCGGAGGAGGAAAUGGAAUAUUCUUCCGACAACGAGUACGAUGAUGUGAAGGAGAGGUUACGUAAUCUUCUAGAAGGUUUAUCCGUCGGUGAAUAUCGGAUGAAAAUAUUGGCCGCAACGGAGGUUGCCAGAAAAUUCGUCGGAGAUAUUGUUCAACAUGGUUCUUCUAAGCGCCAAUUGAUGGAUUUUCUACGUAACAAGGGCUUUGAUGCAGGUCUUUGCGAGUCACGAUGGGAAAGAUUCGGCAAGAACACCGCCGGAAAACACGAGUACGUCGACGUUCGUUGCGGUGGAGAUCAUAAUCGCUAUAUAGUGGAGACAAAUCUCACCGGAGAGUUUGAAAUAGCGAGGCCAACAAAGAGAUACAACUCCAUAAUAAGCCAAGUGCCACGUGUCUUCGUGGGAACUCCGGAAGAGCUGAAAAAGCUCGUCAGGAUAAUGUGCCACGAGAUGAAACGUUCGCUGAAGCAAGUGGGGAUACACGUGCCACCGUGGAGGAGAAAAGGCUACAUGCAAGCGAAGUGGUUCGGUUUCUAUAAACGAACUUCGACGACGACUAAUCACGAAAUGGUUGGUAAUAAUACUAAAAGUAGCAUCGGUACGAUUGGGUUUAGGGGUUGCAAGGAAAAAAUUUGGGAAGCAAAAAGUCUUAAGGUUAUGGUUGGUCAGCUUUCGGUUGCUUUCAACGCUGGUGGUGUUGAAGUGUAAUACUUUAUAGAACAAGUUAGUUUUGAGCUAUCAAUGUAAAGCUAAUUUCGGGUUUUAUAUCUGCACAUAUGUGAGUUUUUGGGGAUCUAAUUACAGCAACUGAAUAUAUAUAUAUAGAGAAGUAUAUAUAUAUAUAAGCUCAGUCACGGUAGCUUUUCUUUUC